GUUCAUUGUAUUCAUACAAUUCUCAAAACCAAAGAUUAGAGAAUAAUUCAGUCGAUUGUGUUUAGAGAGCGGCUGAAAGUGCUUUCUUCAAAGUGAUUAUCACAACACGUUUGCCAACAAAUUGCUAUUUAUUUAUAUUAUAAACAAGGAAAUCUAAUUUACAUUUUAGGCAUUCAAUUGAAGCUUUCUAUUCAAUUAUCGCAUAUAAUGUUCAAAACCAAGAAAAUCGAUGAAUUCGGCGGACAGACAGGUAAUGACGAGCAGAGCGAAGACGUGGUGAUCACUGAAGAGAAGAUCAUUGGCGACGACGGCGUCGAGAGGACUAUCAUCAAGAAGACGACGACCAGACGUACGGUUCAGACCCAGAAUGUGACCCAAGGGGCCAGAGUUACCACAGUUAAGAGGUCGGUCACCAACAGUGAUGGCCAACUGGUGACAGAAGAGUUCAAAGACUUUAAGGACUUAAGUUUAGGCGACCACAAGAAGCUGCCGAUUGAGAACCGAAAGUCGAGAUCCGGUUCGACAUCGUCUUCCUCCUCAUCGGACGACGGCAUCAAACAAAGGAUUAAAUCGUUUUUCGGUGGAAAUAAGGAUAAGAAAGACAAGAAGGAGAAACACACGGCUAUUAAAGAUAAAUCGGAGCCGUCGUCGCCCACCGGAUCUGCUGGCGAACCGCCAUCGCAUCCAACCGAUGACGACAAAGAGUUUGCUGAGGAGUGCCUCAAAUGGCAUAACCAUUACCGGCAGAAACACGGCGUGAAGCCUCUUAAACUGUCUGAUAAACUGUGCGAUUAUGCGAGGGAAUGGGCCCUACAAAUAGCAACGAGGGACACACUCGAGCACCGGCCACAUAAUACUUAUGGCGAGAAUAUAUUCAUGAAGUGGUCGUCUAAUCCUAAUUUCAAGAUCGCAGGUAGGGAUCCGGUGGACAACUGGUACGCCGAGAUCAAAGACCACACAUUUGGCAGAGAGCCCACUUCAUUAGCAUCCGGUACAUCUACUAGCGUACUUGCCUAGCUUUUUAAUUCACUAAACGAAUAUUUACUUAAGUAUUAAACACAUAAAAAACUAAUCAAAUCUUUUUUGUCAUAAGUGUUGCUCUCUCUCCUUC